AUGGCGCCUUUAAGAGUGUUGAGUGACUUCACGGAUGACUUUCAGAACUUUUCCACACAACAUCCGGGGAAACAUCAUUUCAGGCACAGGAAUCAUUCGCGGGAUCAUGCGAGGAAUCAUUUUGUGGACGUCAUGUCCAAUUCAAUAAUGGAAGUCAUCAAUACUAAACUGGUUCCUGAGAACAGCGUGCUCCCAGACCUGGAGCCAUUGUCCACCCACAUGGACGAGAGACACUCUCUGCUCCUUAAUAUAACUAUGAACAGGUCAGACUUGGGCCUGGAGAGCGAGUUCAUGUACCGCCACAGCGGCGCCAUGACCGCGGUUUACUGUAUCGCCUACCUGCUCGUCUUCGUCGUUGGCCUGGUGGGGAAUUGCUUCGUGAUCGCCGUGGUCUACCGCUCUCCUCGCAUGAGGACCGUCACCAACUUCUUCAUCGUCAACCUGGCUGUCGCAGAUAUUUUGGUCAUAGUCUUCUGUCUCCCCGCUACGCUGAUGUCCAACAUAUUUGUCCCUUGGGUGCUCGGCUGGCUCAUGUGUAAGACUGUCCCCUACGUCCAGGGACUCUCCGUCGCAGCCUCCGUGUACAGCCUGGUAGCCGUGUCACUAGAUCGAUUCCUCGCCAUCUGGUGGCCUCUGAAGUGCCAGAUCACCAAACGCCGAGCAAGGAUGAUGAUCGUCUUUAUAUGGAUUCUCGCUAUUCUCGUCACAGCUCCUUGGGUCAUCUUCUUCGACUUGGUGGUGGUUUUUGACGACAAUCCACACGUCCGCCUCUGUCUAGAUGUCUGGCCUAAUCCUAUCAGUGAAGUCCUUUAUUUUGUGAUCGGAAAUCUCAUAUUCUGUUAUAUUUUGCCGAUGGUUCUUAUAACCAUGUGCUAUAUUCUAAUUUGGAUAAAAGUUUGGAGAAGGUCUAUCCCUACUGACACUCAAGAUGCUCAAAUGGAACGCAUGCAACAGAAAUCUAAGGUCAAAGUUGUUAAAAUGCUAGUCGCUGUUGUCAUACUUUUCGUAUUAUCCUGGUUUCCUCUGUAUCUAAUUUUUGCAAGGAUUAAGUUAGGUGGACCCGUUCAAAAAUGGGAAGAAGAAAUGUUUCCCGUGGUUACUCCUCUAGCUCAAUGGCUAGGAGCGUCAAAUUCUUGCAUAAAUCCCAUUCUUUAUGCAUUUUUCAACAAAAAAUACAGGAAGGGUUUUGUUGCCAUCAUAAAGAGUAGGAAAUGCUGCGGCCGUCUGCGUUACUACGAAACUAUCGCUUUGCAAUCAUCAAGUACGUCGACGAGGAAGUCCUGGCACUACAAUAACAAUCACGCGUCCAUGACACGCAGGUCACCACCGGUUGAUAAAAACGCAGUUUCUUUUAUCUUCAAUCACACUGGAGUCUAAGUGUUCCAGCUAUAAUAACGGGAGCUAAUUUUCAUCGGCCAACAAGGCUCGCGUCCUCUGGCUCGAAGACAGGCGAGGCGUGUAUCAGCAUAUCCAGGAUUAGGAAGACUUUACCGCUUGAAUUUUGAGUUACCAGUUUGAUGUUGUCUUGUGCAUUUAUUAAAAUGUGACUAUCCGAUAAUACUCGUAUAUGUAAUAAGUUUAAUAAUGCAUGUGGUAUAAUAAAUGGUAAUGCAUAUAAAUAAUAUAUUAAAACGUUGUUACGGAUUUAGACAGAAAGGAACAAAUAACUAUGGAGAGAACACGCACACAGUGCACUAAUGAUAAUUAAGUAUGUAGAAGUUUUAAAUCACCGUUUUUGUUUAUUUUGUGUCAUGGACCAUGAAUAUAUUCGAGUAUAUAGUAAUCCAAUUAUUAUGAUCAGCCAUUUUUAUAAUCGUUAACAAAUUUUUGAUUUAAAGGCGAAUAAGGAUUUGUAAAUUAGAUAGCCUUAACUGUUUUAUAAAAAAUGAAAAAUAUAACAAAUAUAGAAUAAGUAAUUGUGAAUAUUUCAGUACAAAAAUACAGAAUUCAUAGAUAAAUAUGCUUUAUAAUUUUUAGAUAUUUCAUUAU